GGAUCAAACGACUAGGCUACGACUAAAAUAGUACUCGAACGACGUCGUAGAUCGUCAACCAACACGAGGUAUCUUGUAGUCGCAAAGAGGAGAUGAAUUGGUGAAGGAAAUCAACUGUUAAUGGAAUUACCGGAAUUACCAGAAUGUCCGGUGUGUCUAUCAACCUACGACGGCGAGGACACUAUUCCAAGAGUACUCGCAUGUGGGCAUACAUCCUGCGAGUCAUGCCUUAAAAAUAUCCCCCAGAAAUACCCUCUAACCAUUCGCUGUCCUGCAUGUACACAACUUGUCAAGUACCCAUCACAGCAAGGCCCUUCUUCUCUUCCUAAAAACAUUGAUCUCCUUAGGCUGGUUCAGCAGCUAAAAGAUCAUAAUCCCCAGAAAUCCAUCAACAAAUCCCAAAUUGACAAACCAGUCCUUGCUCAAGACUUUGACUUCUUUGUGCCUCCUUUAUGGUCUGAUGAGUUUUAUACUUCAUGGAAGAACUGGGUUCUUGACAGAGAUGAUGUUUUUGUUGAGGAUAAAGAGAGAGGAUAUGGAUUGUUAAAGGAGGGGAAUAAAAAGGUGAAGGUGAGGCUUUUUAAGGUUGGUAAUGAUGGGGGUUUGUUGAGUGGUAAAGUGAAAGGAUGUGUUUUUAAUUUGAGUUAUGUUGCAAAGGUUAUGAAUUUUUUGAAUGGGAUGAAGGAGGAGAAGAGAGAUGAAUUGGGUUUUAUUUUGAGGAUUUGUGCUAAACGGGGAAAAAUCUGUAAGGUUUGUGGUUUGUGGUGUGAUUUAGAAGAUGGGGUUUUGUAUUUUGUGUGUGAGAGACUUAAUGGGAAUGUUUUGGAUGUGUUGGGUGAUUUUGAGAAUGGUUUGAUAAAAGAUGGUUUAUCUAGUUUUGCAAUGAUUGGAAUGGAAAUGUAUGAAGCAGUGAUUGGAUUGCACUUGGAAGGGCUAAUUGUGGGAAGUUUAGGUGUUUCUUGCUUUGAAUUGGAUGAUUUUGGACAUGCGAGUCUAAGUUUGAGUGAGGUUUUGGUGAUGGGAAGGGCAGUUCAUGAGGGGCUUAUGGAACUUGGCUCUGGUGGGAGAAGUUUAAGUGUUAAAAAAUUGGGGAGAUUGGUCGGUGAGAUUUUGAAAAAGGAGGUUUUUGUGAGCCCAGAGGUUUUGUUUGGGAUAUUGAAGAGAGAGGGUAUGGAGGUAGAAUGUGGUAGCAUUAGAUAUCCAAUUGGCCUUGGCUCUGAUGUUUGGACAUUAGCUUGUACUGUCCUUAGAAUGCUUAUCGGGAAAGAAUUCUUUGAGGAGCUAGCUGAUCAUGUAGAUUCUAUCAUUUCAAAAAGAAGUGAAGACAAUAAUUUGGACUGUUCGGGUCUUUACACUGGUUUGAUGGAGAAAGUAAGCUCUUUGUUGGAAAGUAAAACCGGUGAAGAAUUGAAACCAAUGCACCAGAUGCUAUGCAGGUCUUUGAGUUUUGAUCCAGGGAAUCGUCCACGUGCUAUUGAUACGUGGAAGUGUAUUAGGGACUUAUUUAUUAGACAUCAGCAUGAUACUUCUGUUCUCCAAUUGGGUGAGGCUAUCCAUGAGGAGAAUAAGGAGAAUUUGCGAGUUCUUGGAGAACUAUGUUGGGUGCCCAUAAAAAAAUCAACUCAUAAAAAAUCCGAAUCAGCAGGAAAAAACAGUGGAGAAAAUCAAGAUCAAAGCGAGGACGUGAGAAAUGAUAAAGAUAUCGCUGAGGCUCUCGUGGAGGGGAAGGUCAAGUUCAAAGAAAUGCAGGGCCAUCUUGAUUGUGUUACAGGAUUUGCCAUUGGAGGAGGAUUUCUGUUUAGCUCCUCAUUUGAUAAAACAGUCCAGGUCUGGUCCUUGCAGGACUUCUCUCAUAAGCACACAUUUAAGGGCCAUGAACAUAAAGUUAUGGCUGUAAUUUAUGUUGAUGAAGAACUACCAUUAUGCAUUAGUGGGGAUGGUGGAGGUGGCAUAUUUCACUGGAGCAUCAGUGUUCCUAUGGGGAAAGAACCAUUGAAGAAAUGGUAUGAGCAAAAAGAUUGGCGUUAUAGUGGAAUUCAUGCCUUGACCACUGCAGGGAAUGGAUAUCUCUAUACUGGUAGUGGAGAUAGGUCAGUUAAGGCUUGGUCAUUGCAGGAUGGCACCCUGUCAUGCAUUAUGAAUGGUCAUAAAUCAGUAGUUUCCACGUUAGCAGCACGUGAUGGGAUUCUUUAUAGUGGGAGUUGGGAUGGAACCAUCCGUCUGUGGAGUCUAACUGAUCAUAGUCCUUUGACAGUGUUGGGAAAUGACUUGCCAGGAACUGCAACAUCUGUCUUGUCUCUCAUUGCAAACCAGAAUAUUCUUGUUGCAGCCCAUGAAAAUGGACAGAUAAAGGCAUGGAGGGAUGAUGUGUUUAAGAAAUCAACACAAUGCCACAAUGGUGCGAUUUUGGCUUGUGUCAUGGAGGGAAAAUGGCUAUUCACUGGAGGUUGGGACAAAAUUGUCAAUGUACAGGAGUUGUCUGGAGAUGAAUUUCAGGUGGAUACUAGACCCAUUGGAUCAAUCCCAGGAGGUUCUGUGGUAACAGCUUUGUUAUGCUGGCAAGGAAAGCUUUUUGUUGGUCAUGGAGAUAGGACUAUCAAGGUAUAUUACCAUGGAAAGUGACCAAAAGCUUACCAGAUACUAUUGGGCUGCUAAAAACAGUCUUUGCUGGUUUCUUGCAGUCAGCAGCCUCUGAAGUCUGCAAAUGAUGAUUUGUAUACCGAACCGAUCCUCGUACAAUAGAUUAUGGAAAAUGCACAGUGAAAAUUUGGAAUUCUCUUAACGGUACCAUUUCUGCUGGAGAGGAAAAUAUUUUAAAAAUGAUGUUUCUGUAUAGAAUGAUUGACACUGAGUGGUAUUAGACAUAGCUUUUAAAUAUUU